AUGUCCAGUCCGCCGUUCACGGUUCGAGCGGUCUUCGAGUAUGCUUCAGACCAUGAUGACGACCUCAAAUUCCCCAUCGGUCAGAUCGUGACCGUCACCGCUGUGGAGGAUGCCGACUGGUAUUUUGGUGAAUACACAGACGGCUCUGGUGCCAAGCAAGAGGGCAUCUUCCCCAAGAAUUUUGUCGAGCGGUACGAGCCCCCCGCUCCCCCACGACCGUCGCGCCCCAACAGACCCAAGAAGGAGCCUGAGCCGACCUCCGUGGAGCCCCCUGUGACCGAAGCUCAACCCCCGCCCGAGCCCGAGCCCGAGGUGGUGGAGCAGCCUGUCGAGGAAGUCCAUGACACUGGAUCCCAGCAGGCGCUCCCGCCCCAACCUCUCCCGCUCGCUGCCACCAGAACAGGAGCCCCAUCCCGCUCCCCCCGCCGCCCCCGUCUCCCCCCCGCCAAGGCUCCGUCUUCCAAACCCCUCCCUCCGGCGGUGGCAGAGAAGCCCACAGGAUCGUCAUUCAAGGAUCGUAUCGCUGCGUUUAAUAAACCCGCCGCUGCGCCCAUCGCGCCUUUCAAACCGAGCAGUGGCGCAACGCCAUCGACCACCUUCAUCAAGAAACCGUUCGUGGCACCGCCUCCCAGCAAAAAUGCCUACGUCCCUCCUCCCAGAGAGCCGGCCCCUAAAAUCUACAAGAGAGACGAAGAUCCGGAUGUGAAGGAGCAGGUUGCGCGCGAAAUCCCGGCUUCCGAAGGCCGCCCUGCCCCUACUGAAGGGGCCGAGGAGGGCGCGGAAGACCAGCCCAAGCCAACUAGCCUCAAAGAUCGCAUUGCUCUACUUCAGAAGCAACAGUUGGAGCAGGCCCAGCGCCACGCGGACGCAGCCCAGAAAAAGGAGAAGCCUGCCCGCCCACCGAAGAAACAAGCAGAGGAAUCUUCCGUCCCGGCAACGCCCGGAGACGAGCUGGAACCUCGACCUGCCGAGGCGUCAGGAACUGCACGAGACCCUAGUGUUGAUACUUUGAGAGCCGCUCCCCCUGCUUCACAGCCUCCUACUCCCUUCUCCCCACACGAGGAAAUUGUGAGUGAUACCAAUGAUGCCGACUAUUCUGCCGCCGCGGAUUCCGAGGAUGCGGGAGAAACUUCUACCAGCAAGGACGACGAAGAGGAGCCCCCUCGCCCGAGCGCUCAGCGUCAGCCAUCAACUCUCUCGGUCGAACAAAAGGGUGAUGAAGCAGAUGUGGAAGAGGAAGGCGACCAGGAGGAUGAUGAUGAUGACAUGGAUCCUGAAACCAAACGCAGAAUGGAGCUACGUAACCGAAUGGCCAAGAUGAGUGGCGGCAUGUCCGGUGCUGGUGCGCGCAAGUCCAAGCCUCCUACCGAGCCGGAGAACAAGUCUGAGGUCACGUCGCCCACCAACGCGCCCCCAGUCCCUAUGGUCCCCAUGCCUGGCAUGAAUCUCAACAACAAACCGGCCCCAUCCCCUGCCGACGUUGAGAAGGAAGAAGAAGAACCUCUGGCAACCCCGAUCACCGAGCAACAUUCUGCGCGCGAGGUUCCAGAUGUCGAAGAGGUUGUUCACGAGGGGCGGCGCCUCGCGCUUCCACUGAACGACCGCUCCCUGCCCCUCCGUCUAGUGACCGUGCAGCGCCCGCUCCGCCAACGCCUGAGUCACGACCUGUGCCCCCUCCCGUUCCGGUCGAGCAGCCGACUUCACCCCCGCCAGUUCCAGGAGGUCGACCGGUACCUCCCCCACCCAGACCCUCAACGGCCGACGAAGGCGACGAAUCCGAUGAUGAAUUGUCGCUGCCCCCCGGCGGUGCCCGCGCCCCCAAUCCCAGAUCACAUUGACGCUCGGCGCCCCUCGACAUACGAGAUCUCGCCUCCACAGACUGCAACCUCCGCAGCCGAAAAGAGGGUCAGCCGACCUCCUCCUCCUAUCCCGACAAACCCACCCAUGCCUCCAUCGCAAGGCCGCGCGCCGCCUCCACCACCCCCGGAACAGAUUCGUCGUCGAUCCACUGCGGAUAGUCGUGGAAGUGCGAUCUCCGCGCCUCGACAGGCUGGGGAAGAGGUUGAGGGGGAGGUCACUGAGUACGACGGAGAUUAUGACACUGAUAUUGCCUCGGGAGCGAAACACAAGGACGCUCUGAAGGCUCAUGAGCGUGAUUCCAGCUUCGAUGAAGGUACUAUUACCGACGAUCAUUCUAUUCAGUCUCCGCGCAGCCCUCAGGAGUCUCGGCAGCCACCCCCACCUCCUCCGACUGCUCCCAGGGCAGUUCCGCCGCCGCCGCCGAGCCUGCCGCCUCGAAACACUCGUUCGUCCAUGGAGACCCCUAGGGGACCACCUCCACCUCCGCCAACCAAAGAGCCGUCUCGUGGUAAUGACGAUGAGUAUGAUCCAUUCAACUACACGGCUCCAAAACAUGGCCUGCCCCCUCCUUCUCCCAUUACAAGUGGGCGACCAGAAGUGCCACCUCCUCCCCCACCCCAGCCGCCAACCGAGGGCUAUGACGAUUUGUAUGACGAUUCGCUGGUACAAAGCCCCUCGAUGGAGAACCAGUCUGUCACACAACAUGAAAAGCGACCGUCGCUGGCACCCCCGCCCCCCAGUCCAGUCUUCGGCUUUGCCGUCCCCCUCCAUAUCCCGAAGCCAGCGAACAUCCAUGGAUGUCUUGAGAAGCCAGCCAAGCGUCCCGACGUUGACCUUGCUGAGAGUACGAUCUGGUGGACCCAGCCCAAUACUCCGCCACCGGCCUUCCAAAACCGCAAAGAUCUUUUGUACGAGAUCGAGGAGACCUCCUCCUCGAAACGGGGCGGGAAGACAACAGUGACGAAGGACAUUUAUGUCUUGUUCAUCGACUACUCUCAGACCAUCGUGGCUGUACAAUUCGAUGCGAAGAACCCAUCGGACGCCUCACUUGAACAGCGCCAUGAAGGCCCGCCUCUCCAGCCCCGCCAGGACCAACUGGAACAGGCACACGUCCAGCUUGGAACCCGCAUCUCGGAGUCAGUCACCUCUGUUCAAAACUCCACCGUUGGGGACGGCACUCCCUUCGGGUUGAUUCAAUAUCUGUUGCAUCCGCUUGCCGACUCUCUUCUCCCUGUUGGGACACGGGCCUAUGGCGCCUUGGUUUACUCUAACCUGGCGAAUGCCUCCGUCUCACAGAAUGAUGAGAUCCGUGCCGGCGACAUUGUGAGUUUUCGCAAUGCUCGCUUCCAAGGCCACCGUGGUACUAUGCAUCAGAAGUACAGCGCCGAGGUAGGCAAGCCUGAUCAUGUGGGAGUUGUGGUCGAUUGGGAUGGCACGAAGAAGAAGAUUCGAGCCUGGGAGCAAGGUCGCGAGAGCAAAAAGGUGAAGAUGGAAAGCUUCAAGCUGAACGACCUCCGCAGCGGCGAAUGCAAGGUCUGGCGCGUCAUGCCCCGGAGCUGGGUAGGCUGGGAGUCCAACAAAUAA